UGAACAACCCAGCUGACUCCGGCGCACGCGCAGAUCUCAGAGGAGGCCAUGUUAAAGUUACAGUCAAGUCAGCCUGUGAUUUUUUUCUGACGACGUAUGUUUAUACUGUAUGUUUCUCGUUAUUUGUGGUGUCAAUUUUUCAGUAGUCAUAACGACUGGAUAAAAAACACCGGGAACUGAAAAUGGCUUCCACUUUCGACCUUUCAAGGCGAAAUCCACAAGAGGAUUUCGAGCUUAUACAGAGAAUUGGAAGCGGGACUUACGGAGAUGUAUAUAAGGCUCGGAACGUUACCACAGGGGAGCUGGCAGCCAUCAAGGUCAUCAAACUGGAGCCCGGGGAGGACUUUGCAGUGGUGCAGCAGGAAAUCGUCAUGAUGAAGGACUGCAAGCACUCCAACAUUGUGGCCUACUUUGGGAGUUACUUAAGGAGAGAUAAGCUAUGGAUAUGUAUGGAAUAUUGUGGGGGAGGUUCUUUACAAGACAUAUAUCAUGUGACAGGGCCUCUAACAGAAUCACAAAUAGCCUAUGUGUCCCGGGAAACGCUUCAGGGUCUCUACUAUCUACACAACAAAGGGAAAAUGCACAGAGAUAUUAAGGGAGCAAACAUACUUUUGACAGACAACGGGUACGUUAAACUAGCGGACUUUGGCGUCUCAGCCCAAAUCACAAUGACCAUUGCCAAGAGAAAAUCCUUCAUCGGCACACCUUACUGGAUGGCACCCGAGGUGGCAGCCGUGGAGAGAAAAGGCGGGUACAACCACCUGUGUGACAUCUGGGCUGUAGGAAUAACCGCCAUCGAGCUGGCAGAGCUCCAGCCCCCCAUGUUCGACCUACACCCUAUGAGAGCUCUGUUUUUGAUGACCAAAAGUAACUUCCAACCGCCCAAGUUGAAGGACAAGCUGAAGUGGACAAGUAACUUUCACCAUUUUGUAAAAAUAUCUUUGACAAAAAAUCCAAAGAAAAGGCCCUCUGCGGACAAAUUGUUGCAGCACCCUUUUGUCUCACAACCCCUGAGUCGCACGCUGGCCAUAGAGCUCCUGGACAAGGCCAGCAACCCGGACCACUCCUCCUACAACGACCACUUAGACGAUGAGCCAGAGGAGCCAGAGGAGCCUCUUGUAGCGGUGCUGCAUAGGAUUCGCCCGGGGAACACACGAGAAGGGAAGACCCUAUCAGAGAUCAACUUUGACCAAGUCAAGUUUGAUCCCCCGCUUAGAAAAGAGACUGAACCUCAUCAUGAACUAGCACCGGAUUCUGACGAUUUUUUGGACUGUGUGGAAGAACAUUACUACACUGCAAGAUCUAACAUGGACUUGCAGAUGACCUACGAAGAGGGCUCUCCAAAAGGCUCCAUCAUGGGAGGGCAUAAGAGUCUUCUGAAAUCGGUGGAGGAAGAGCUAAACCAGAGGGGACACAAGACUCAUUUAGAUGAUGAUGGUGAUGAUUGUGCUGAUGAUGAAUAUGGUGAUCAUGAUGAUGAAGAUGAUGAACUGCAACAUUCCAAAGGCUCCACAAUGCGACCUAAAGUGCCUCCACCGCCAACUCCAUGUGUUAAGCACAUCCCCAUUCCCCAGGGCAGUGCCGGCUGUCCUGCUCACCAUGGCUCACCUGGUGUCCACGGCUCCCCCGGUGAUCAUGAUGAUCAUGGGGGGACCAUAAAGCGGUGUCCAGGUGAUGGGAGCCCUGCUCGCUCUGCCACCCACGUGCCUCCCAGGCCGCCGCCCCCAAGACUCCCCCUGUACAAGCAGCUUAGCUUAGGAAAUGGGGUGAGCCAGUCAGAAGUGAGCGGUGAAGUGGAGGGAGCCGAAAAGCAGUCUACAAUGCCCCCUAGUGUCACCACUAGGAAGGAAAGAAAAGACAUUCCGAAACCAAUCAGUAAUGGCCUUCCCCCCACACCAAAAGUCCAUAUGGGUGCCUGUUUCUCCAAAGUCUUUAAUGGCUGCCCAUUAAAGAUCCACUGUGCUGCAUCUUGGAUCAACCCCGACACGAGAGACCAAUACCUACUGUUUGGAGCCGAAGAGGGCAUUUACACUUUAAAUCUCAAUGAACUGCAUGAUUCUUCAAUGGAACAGCUUUUUCCCCGGAGGUGUACAUGGCUUUAUGUAAUGAGUAAUAGUUUGCUCUCUAUAUCUGGAAAAGCCUCACAGCUCUACUGUCACAAUCUGUCGGGUCUGUAUGAGCAUGCUCGACAGAUGCAGAAACUGCCAAUGUCCAUCCCCACCCACCGGCUUCCAGACAAAAUAAUUCCAAGGAAAUUUUCCAUCUCCAAUAAAAUUCCAGACACCAAAGGAUGUCAGAAGUGUUGUGUGGUGAGAAACCCUUACACGGGCCACAAGUACUUAUGUGGAGCCUUUCAAUCCAGUGUGGUCCUUUUGGAAUGGGUGGAGCCCAUGCAGAAGUUCAUGCUCAUCAAGCACAUUGAUUUCCCUUUGCCAUGCCCCAUGGAGGUGUUUGAGAUGCUUGUUGUGCAGGAGCACCAGUAUCCCCUCAUCUGUAUGGGUGUCAGCAAGGGCACAGAGCUCAACCAGGUGGUACGUUUUGAGACGCUGGACCCCAACACCGCCUGCCCCUGGCUCAAAGAAUCUGACACUCCUCAGACCUGUGUUAUUCACGUGACCCAACUGGAAAGAGACACCAUUCUCGUGUGCCUGGAUCGAUCCAUUAAGAUUGUGAAUCUGCAGGGGAGACUAAAGUCCAGUAAGAAGCUUUCUGCUGAGCUGACGUUUAAUUUUCAGAUAGAGUCGAUAGUUUGUCUUCAAGACAGCGUUCUUGCUUUCUGGAGACACGGUAUGCAAGGUCGGAGUUUCAAAUCUAAUGAGAUUACCCAGGAGAUUUCCGACAACACCAGGAUAUUCCGGCUGCUGGGAUCAGACAGGGUGGUGGUACUGGAGAGUCGGCCCACAGACAACCCAACAGCGCACAGCAACCUAUAUAUCCUGGCUGGGCAUGAGAACAGUUACUGACCACUCUACACCCUAUGCACCAGGGUCCUGUUCAAAACGGAUUAAAUAUUCUGAAAUGGAGUUAUAUAAGGAUGAACCUGUCUCAUAAGAAUCCUCCAUUUUCAUCCACUGCCACAGACGCUGCAUUGUAAGCCCUGGUGACAGUGGCCCAGGUUUGGGUUCAAUUCCAUUUCAAGAGAUGGUUAGGGUGGUUUUUCUAUUUGUAAACAGGAAUGUAUAUCCUGAAAUGACCAUCAGAGACCAAGGAUCUGCAUCAGGCCAGUCAUUGGGCAAACAGUCAUGGAUAUGUCCUGAUUUUAAUUCAUUCUUAUGAUUUUAAUAUAAAGUUUACACACACCCACAUUUCUGGAGUUAAUUAUGUUUCAGUAUUGGCCAACUACUGACACUGGAUUGGCCAAAGCUGGCAUUAACGCCAGUCUUACUUUUGAUGUCUUGUUCAUUUUUGCCAAGCAUUGCCACCUUGCAACCUUACAGACCAAGGAGCUUGGUAACCAAUCUGUUUGUGCCGAUUCCUAUUACAUUGUCUUCCUUGUUCAGCAUGACAAGGAGGUUGGUGUGACGGCACAAACAGUCUAGAACUUAGGUUACCUACCAAGUUCUUGACAAAUGUGUUUGUAAUUACUGUAAAUAGAUUCUUGAGGUUGUACACCAUAAGCAUGUUAUGUAGAUAGCCAGGCUGCAUAUAUUUUGUACAGUUUUCCUUUAACUUUGAGAGAUAUAAAGAGUAGUUACUUUUAAGGGCUUUUCAAGAAAUGUAAUUUUAAAAAAUGUAAUGUGGUAGGACCUCAUAUGGUCUAUUCAUUUUUUUAUAUCAUGCCUUUUUUAACACAUUCAAUUUGUUUUUAUAGAAAGCCAUAUGCAAUGUCAUUUUCACAUACUAAUUCCAAACCUAUAAAAGUCAAUGCUCAGAUAUGCACUGGUUGUGAACUUUGCACAUACUUGUAAACAUUAAAACAUUUUAUUUAUACAUUUAAGGUAUAGUUUAGUUGCGCUUACAACAAAGUAUCUGGCUGAGGGCAUGAAAUGGAUCAUAGUACUACAUAUACACUUCAGAUGUAACCUCAGAAAAUCUAAUUAAGCAAUAAGGUUGAUUUUUGACAUACAUUAUAACACAAGCCAAGCUGUUAUUAAAAAAAAAAAUUUAACCUGAUGAGACAUUUUAGAAUCCUUUGUUUAUGGUGGCCACUGAGGUGAAAGCUCAAUGUUUGCCAAAUUGCAUUUUUUUUCAUUUGUUGUGGUGUUUGGGAAUCAUCGUGGAUUGGGGAUUUGGUGGGAAUAUUUGGGGCCACAAUGAACUUGUAACACUAAAUCACUCCUUGAGCUCAUGCACACUACACAACUACAGGAUAGUCUAAGGAUGUCAAUUCAUUUCUUUCCGUGUUGCUUUUGUGUCCUGUAAAUAAUGUGAAACAUUGUUUUGACAUAUUGCAUAUUGCCUGUAUAACUGCCUAUAUUUGGAUGUUACAUAUUAAACAUUUUUAACUUGUGAAAGGCUAUGCUGACUAAUGAGCCAUAAGACGUAUACACUUGCUUUCCCCCUUCAUCAAAAAAUGAUAGUGUGUUUUUGUUUCAUUAUUAACUGGAAAACAUGUAAAUAUGCAGAGAGAAUGGGUGCUUAAUAAUACAGUGAUUUGUAGAGGUAUUAGGCCAUGUAAGAUAAUUAUUUAAUGCUAUUUAUCUAGAAAGUAAUUGUUCAUUUUGUUAUAGAAACACUAUAAAACAUUACAUUUUGUUAAUUUUCAUUAUAUUAAUGUUACUUUGUUUAUUCUUCAGUGUUUUUGUUUCUACAAAAAUAAACACUUACCGCUUAGAUAAAUGGCUUUAAAAAUGUCUCAGGCCUAACAUGUUUUGCAGAGUGCUGUUUUAAAGUCACCCAUUUCAUUGUCACCUCCCUGAGCAAGAUCAUUACUGUCUUGUAGCUCAGACCAGAAGACAACUGUCGUAGUUGUUUGUAUGUGGUUUAAUACCAUCACCCACAGCAUUAUUACCAUGACUAUACUUCAAGAGGUACUAAAUGUCUGAUUUGUUCUUGUUUCCAAUAUAUCAAUCAUUUCCUUUUAUGAGAGUUCAAAAUGAUGUAUUAAUGGUUGAUUCUGUGCUUGAAAUUCAAUGCUUGCUUGAAUGAGUAACCUCACAGGUGUUGUAUAAAUCAGAGAGAGGAAGGUAUACUCAUUAAAAUGUAAAUGUCAA